CCAAUCGGAUUCAAACAAAGUGCAAAUGAAAGCUAAGAUCCAUAGCUACAACUUUCAUGAAGACACCGGAACCAAAUCCAGACUCGAAAGAGGAGAAAAAUGCAAUAUACGUCGGACUACAGAUGUUGUGCGCUUGAAGCAUGCCAGACGCGCCUAAGGCGCGUUUCCGGCCAUUCAGCACUGUCCAGGCGCGCCUAAAGCGCGUUUUCUGCGCCUGGGGCACAUUUUCGGACCAGUAACACUGUCCAGGCGCGUCUGGAGCGCGUUUCCUGCGCUUGGGGCGCGCGACGCGCAUCAGCAACCAUAAGUACACAAUUUUCCACUAUUUUAGGGAUCUUUUUGACUCUUAGGAAGUUGGGAGACUUGAGCCCUAGCAUAGAAAUUCAAAGACGGCCGUUUCUAACAUCAUUGGAGCAGUUUUAUCAAGGAUCAUUCAUGAAUCAUUCUUAUGGAUUACGACGGGUGCCAAAAAACCGCCGCAGCUCUCUCUUUGCGACAGUGCUAAACAACCGCCGCUGCAUUUCUAAGCAAAACCAAGAGGCGCUAGUAUUUUUCCAAUCCCGCGUCCCACUUUUUGCAAGUCCCGCUCUCUAAAAUUCUUCUCAUAUCUCUGUGACCCUUUUCUCCCAAAACCAAAAACCCCUUUCUCCCAAAUUUGUUUCCCUCAAAAUUCCCAAACCCCUCGAUCUCCCUAUGCGGAAGUUUGAUCUCUCCAUAUCUGGAAUUGAAGCAAUUUCUCUUCUAUGCGGAUUUUGAUUACACUGUUCUAAGGGUGCUGAUUUUUUGCUUUGAAUGCCAUUUCUGUAUAACAGGAGGAGAAUGGCCGCAUGUAGUGUUACUGAACGACGAGUUGGCAAGGAUGCAACUGGUAUUGCUGGUACUUAUUCUUUCUCUAUGUGUCAUGGAUAUUUUUAUCACAUGGAUGCAGCUGGUAUUGCUGAUACUUUUUCUUUCCCCAAUGUGAGAAUGUUUGGAUUAUUGCUGGCAGUUUUGGGAAUAUGUGGGAUCAUACUAGUUGGGAGUUUGAAAAUAACCUAUAGUUCCAUGCGCCGAAUGUUUGUUGGAUUCUUGAGUUGUGCUUCUCUGAUUUCAAUGUUUGCCUCUCCAUUGUUUAUAAUCAAAUUGGUCAUUCGCACGAAGAGUCUCGAGUUUAUGCCAUUUUGUCUUUCGCUUUCCACAUUCCUAAUAAGCGCCUCAUUCCUUCUUUAUGGGUUGCUCAGUGAUGAUGCUUUCUUUUAUGUACCAAAUGAGAUAGGUACUGUUUUGGCAAUCAUACAAUUGGUAUUGUGUUUGAUAUCUAGUAAUGAAUCUAGAGACACCUUGAUAAUGUCAUGUGGAUAAUCUGCAUUGCUGAGAUCUGACAAAAGCAAAGGAAUUUUUUAGAGUUAGAUUCACUGAUUUUGGAUCUCAUUUGAGUGUUGUUGUUCAUUUUCACUUGGUAAGUUUUCGAUCUCGUGACCUACAUAUUGUUAAUUUGUUAGUGAUUGUUGCUUUUAGAUUUUAGUUCCAUUUUACAAUGAAUUUCACUGAUUGUUGCGAUAUUAGAUAUCAAGAAAGCAUACGACUCCUAUCAAUAAUUUCAGCUUCGAUUUUGGUUCUUCAAAUAUUUCAGCCUUAGAAGAGUUCAUUUCCUUCUAAUUGUCUUUUCCUACACUAUACUGUCAUGUAGUCAUUCAAUUUAAGUUUGAACUAUUGUUUACCAAGUGCACCGUUGGUCCUAAACAACAUCAAUGUUUCCUAAAGGACCUUUGAUUACAUUAGACCUACUUUCCCUUUUCAUAAUACUAAACUUUUAGUUUUAGAUUUUACAUGAAAAUUGAAUUUUAUAUUUAUGUUUAUAUGUCUAUGCAUGUCCUUCGUUAAAUGGACUAAUUUCUUCAAAAGACACCACCUGUUAUGUUUUAAAUUUGAUUUAAUUGCAGCAUUUUCUUCAAGCAAGAAAUAUUGUUAUCUCUUAUAGGACUAUAGAAUGCUGAAAAAAAAGGAUAACAUUAGGCGGUUAAAAAU